UUCUUUAUUGCCGAGCGAAACAAAUCAGACUGUCUAACCAGCUUUAGUACUCUGUUAAGGGUAUUCAUGUCACUUAAGGCCCCGGUAGUCGCUUCCAAGACGAUAGGCCCCUCCCGGGAGAUUGAGUUUAUGGGUAUUAUCUUAGACAGCGUCCGCAUGGAGGCCCGCUUGCCCCAGGACAAACUUAUCAGGAUCAAUCAGCUGCUCGACUCCUUCAAAAAUCGUCGGUCAGUGCGCCUGGUCGAGUUACAGUCACUGAUCGGGACUCUUCAGUUUGCAUGUAAAGUAGUGGUCCCGGGUAGGACCUUUCUACAGCGAGCGAUCAAUUUAACCAGGGGGGUCCCCAGUCGUUUUCACCACAUAAGGCUGAAUAAGGAAUUCUUUAAGGACCUAGCCAUGUGGAAAAUUUUUCUCUCCAAAUGGAAUGGGCGCUCCUUUUUUCUCGAGUCUACUCCUACCCCUGCUCAAAAUCUCGAGCUAUACACCGACGCUGCGGGGUCUAUAGGCUUUGGGGGAUACUUCCAGGGCAGGUGGUUUCAGGGCUAUUGGCCCCCGAACAUGCAGUUGAACCAACAACAGGGAAUUAGUAUUGAAUGGCAAGAGCUCUUCCCCAUCGUUGUUGCCUGCGCCAUAUGGCACCCUCUUCUCGCCAGAAAACGCCUUCAAUUCUGGUGCGAUAAUUUAUCUGUGGUAUCUAUUAUAAAUUCAGGGCAUUCUAAGAUCCCCCGCAUUAUGGAUUUGGUUAGACGUCUCGUGUUUCUUUCCAUGCAGCACAACUUCGUAGUGCGAGCUCGUCACGUGCCCGGGGUUUCAAACGCAAUUGCUGACGCACUCUCCCGAUUUCAGAUGCAGCGCUUCCGGGUCCUUGCCCCCGACGCCGACCAGAAUCCUUGUACCAUCCCGCCUUCGCUCAUGACCCUCUGAGGGAGGAAGUCCUGCGGUACGCUACCUGGGGUCUUGCUGAAAACACAAAUCGGGCCUACAGCUCUGGGGAAAAACGGUUUUUACAAUUUUGCCUUAUGAAUCGUAUCUUCAGCUCAGAUGGGGAUGUGUUACCUGCCUCUGAAGGGACCCUUAUAUACUUUGCUUCCUACCUUGCGAGAACAGUACGGCAUAGUACCAUUAAACUCUAUUUAGCCGCCGUUCGCAACCUUCACGUGACAGCAGGGUACCCUGAUCCCCUUAAAGGCAAGCUCCUUCUCCGCAAGGUUUUGCGCGGCAUUCUCCGCUAUCAGGGCAACCAGCGCGCCCGUCGCCUACCUGUAACCCCUGAGGUUCUUCUUGCAAUUCGUCCUGUCUUGCAGUCAUGGCUUAGUCCCCGGGAUUUUUCUAUGAUCUGGGCCGCGUUCAACUUAGCCUUUUUCGCUUUCCUGCGCUGUAGCGAAUUUACCUACUGCGGGGUUCGCACAUUUCGCCAACAAUUCGAUCUUUCUACCGAUUGCAUAACGUUUCACCCCAGCCUGUCGUGCCCGCAGCGCAUAACAGUAUAUCUAAAAUCGUCUAAGACAGACAUUGCUAGGGAAGGUCAGUCACUCACUAUAGCUCGCACCUCGACGCCCCUUUGCGCCGUUGCAGCUAUGCAAGAGUAUUUUCUCUUAGUUAGGCCUCGGCAUGGACCUUUGUUUUACUUCGCAUCAGGUCGUUACCUCACUCGGGGCAUCGUAUCCGACCUCCUUAGGGAUAGUGCUAGGGUGGCUGGCCUCCCUUAUCAAAGCCUAAAAGGGCAUAGCUUUCGCAUCGGUGCGGCCUCCGUUGCAGCCGCCGCCGGCUUGCCAGAUUGGCUUAUAAAAGUUCUUGGUCGCUGGUCCUCGGACUGU